AUGUCGCGGAUAACCAGGCGGCCGAUGAGCGGCGACAUGGGUGUGUUCAGGGAUGAUGGAUCGAGCUAUGGUUUAGACAACGACGUGCCGACGUCUGCUGCCGCGAGCUACCGCCGCCGGGCGUCGCCUCUGAGCUCCCAAGAACUGGAGGAAUCUCUCGGCAGCAUAUUGCACAAGCAGCUUAUUGCCCAAGAACUAUCGUCGUCGUCGAUGGGGUCGUCGGGAUACCAACCGUCCGAGGCAUCGUCGUCGUCAUUGUACGAAUCAUCCGGCGCGGCGAGGUCGCCGUUGACGGACCCGGUGUUCCAGAGGGACCUGCUGCAGGCGCUGGACAACCUUCGGAGGGUCAUCGCUGCAGUUGAGCAGUCGUACGGCGUCGAGGCGCACCUGCAACAAGCCGGCAUGCUUCCCAAGAGCGCGUCCUGCAACGACGCCGACGCCGGCGGCGGCGACGCGUACGCAGCAGUCACGCGGCGCAACUCCCGCCUCAUGCGCCGCCUCGAGUCGCAGCUCGUGCAGGCGCUGCCCCGGGACGGCCGCCGCUCGCCCUACUCCAUCGGCCGGAGAGAGGGAAGGGAUAGAGAGAAGAGGGGAGAGAGAGGAUAGAGAAGAGAGAAGAGUGAGGAUGGCAUA